AUGUCUAGAAGUUUGAUGAUCGGCAUCGGCCACACCCUUGUCUCUCACCGCCCAGAUUCUGCCAACAUUCUGCCGUACUUCACCACUUUGGGACAUUUACCUCGAGGUCGACCUGGUCGCUCCUUCUCAUCAUGCAGAGCUUGCCCUAAAGGUUACAAACCACGGAAAAUGGCUCCGAGACUCAAUGCGCGAUCUCGAUUGGGAGCUCAGGCGAACUCUCCCACGGACAACGACGAAAACUCGUCUCAGCAACAAGAUACUGGCGACUGUUUGUCGGAAAUUGUCCUGACUUUGGAUGAAAUGCCUAUCCCCCCACCACCUCCAGCAUCGAACACGUUGAUGGAUUCGGACGACUGGCGACUUGGCGAACCAGUGCCCUCCGACGUUUACCAGAGCUGGUUUAAAGUUGAAAGCACUUUUAUCGAACACGAACCGGCCAACCUAGCAGCCGACAAAUUGGCAAAGUUUAUUAACGGACACGAAUCUACUGCGAAUCGACUAAAAGACAUUUCUCGAGUUGCUCGACGCUACUCAAUGAGCUACCUUGAGCAUCGAAAGAACUUCUCUACAACCGCUAAUAAGCGACCCCAACGACAAGAUAACGUGAAGGACUUAUGGUCCAUGGUUUCCAUCCUAGACCGUGAGCACUAUGGUCUACAACAGCGCUUACUUCGCACUGGCGCAACCAUUGUCUGGAAGAAUGAUUCCCGUCCUAUCCGUUCCACUGACGAGGAUGAAGGUGUACCCCUCCUCAGUGAAAUCGAUACCCUUCAAAGCCAAGUGGCAACAAUCUUCGCUAUCUUACGACAUUUCCCGAACCGGUUUCGUUCAUACAUGAAAACCCCUGACAGGCCUGAAGAAUAUGUCUGGGGUUUCUCCCACGAGGACUGGUUUCGUGCCAACGCCUGUCUUCAACGCCACCUUCUACGACGACAGAAACACAAAAACAUCACGGUAAAGGACACUCAAGGCGAUAUCAAGGAUUGGCCAGGCUUUAUCCAGCCUGCAGCCGGCCCUAAUAACGAUGAAGAAGACGAUGACGACAACAAGCCCCCAGAUGCUAAUGUUAUUCGUUCUCUGGAGGCAGAGCAUACCCUGCUAGGCGACGAUUGGCUUGGUGACAUGCCUCUCGACAGCGACAAAUAUGCCAAAAAGUCGGACAUCAUCGAUGCCUUUGGUGAAGAGGUUGCUGGCCAAUUUGAGUUCGAUUCUACCACUGAAAGAGUCCAGGACUCUCUUGGGAUGCUUGCUGAGUAUAUUACCACUGGUAUUUCAGCGACGCUCGCGGAGGCUAUCCCCUCCUGUGACCCUUUCGAGGAGGGCGAAAAGCAGCGCACCAAACUUAAACUUCCCCCUCCUAAGUACCCUUCAGCUAAAGCUCUAGGGUAUCUUCGCGAUAUACUUCUAAAGAGGGCUUACGUUGCCUAUGAUAAGACGCUGCCUCGCUCUGAGAUGGCGAGUUUAUGCCCCGGCAACGAAGAUGUUGACCCUGAAUAUCAAGCUACUUCCAAUCAGCUUGAACUUCAGCGGGGUGCGCAAGAUCUAACACUUGCAGAGGAGGACCUGGACACAUCUGACAGGCAGUUUCAUGGUGUCCAGAAUCUUUUGGGGGAGUUUUUACCACAGCAUGAUCUUGAAAAGGUCUGCCAAGAGGUAGGCAUCACCGACUGGCGAAAUCUGGAACUCAACUCAGAACAUGCGCCUGGGAAAAGGCUUAAGCCCAAUCAGCUGAUAGACGCUUAUGAUUUGCACUUGAAACUCGAAAGUACGAUGCAUGCGGCAUUGUUGACCAGUGAAUGUGGCAUUGGGAAAACUAAUACCAUGUUGACUUGUCUGCAUAUCUCUGCUAAACGUCUUAUUGAGCGAUGGGAAACCAACCCCUGGCCACUCCAAGAACAUGAGAGGGUCUUCAAACCCACGGUUUACAUGUGUCCUUCGAGGGUUCUUGAUCAGACCUUCACGGAAUUUUCAGAUUGGUGGGGAGGCUAUUUUCGGGUCCAUGUUUGUUACGGGACGGCGUCUUCUUGUACAAACUUGGCACGGAAGAAUGUUACCCUGGGAAACCUAGAGCAAACACAGCAGUUUUUUGAUCAACUGGCUCAGGAUCAUAAAGAUCCAAUGACAGCUAGAACUAUCAUUCUCUGCGCUUAUCACACAGCUGUUCGCCGUUUCGCGACCGUAAAUGGGGAGGCUGUCGGUCGUUCAAAGCUUGGAUCAGGCCCUGGUCUUCAAAUUGAUGAUGGUGAGAAUGACUUGGACGACGAGGACCUCGAAGUCCAAGACACACUUGAUGGUGACGAGGCCGUCGUGCUGCGAAAACUCGCUUUGAAAAACGUUCAGCUAUACCGCCUUAUUCUCGACGAAGGGCACGCUGUGAAGAACAUGGAAUAUGACGCGAUAAUGAUUGCGUCCGCCACAAUCCUUUCGAAUCAUGUCCGUGAUUUCUAUGGGUACAUUGAACUCAUUUGGGACAAGGAUCUGCCUUUCUCAUGGGACGAUUGCACAUCGGAGAAGGCGGCUACUUGGUAUGACACUGCAACAUGGGAGAAGCUUACUCAAGGCCAUGACGCCGAGGGUAUUGACGCGGGUCGAAUUUUUCGCAGGACAGAAGACGUGAUUGUUCCACCUAAUCUCACCACUCGACAGAUCCAGAGGGAAGAAGAGUACAGACGUCACAUCAAAGAAACAGGCGAUCCCCUGUUUCUCAUGAACCCGCAACUCUUCUACUCCUUUGCAAACUCUUCCCGUCACUCACCAAUUUUCGCGCAAAGUGCAAUUCGCACUAUCAUGCAGAUGUUAUGUGUUCGACGAUCCAUGUUGAGCCAGAUGACGUUGCCGGAUGGGUCGGUGACAUGGCCUGGCAAGGGCAUCCCGACCCUACUUUGCAACGAGGUCGAGCUGAAUCUCCCUGAGCAGGUCAAGCCCAAAUUACACCAUGCCAUUAGAAGUCUUCAUGCGAACUUGACUACCCAAGGACCUCGAGGGAAAAAGUUCAAGUCUGGUCACGGCGCCAAAGUCAGUGGCCCAGCUGUCCUAUGGAACGGUAACGUGCUGCGAAGAAUGGUUCUUGCAUCGACAAACGUGCACAAUCUCAAGAUGACCUCUCCUCUUGUACGUACCACGAAGCUGCUAAAAGAUAUUGGUAUCCAAAAGAUUAUCGGCCACCAAAUCAAGGAUGCACCUCUCCAUCGCCACAACAAGAAAUCCCAGGCACUCAUCCCAAUGCAGGAGAAGCAACGCGAGGGUUUGCAGCGUCACCAGCGUCCUGAAGCCGCUGCUGGGACCGCUGAGAUGAACAGGGUCGCUACUAACGGCCCUACCAAGGUCCUUCAGUGGGCAUUCUACCUGACAAGAGACUCUAACAAGGAACUUUUCCCAGAGUCAGCAAUCAACCGUGUCAGAUGGCUAUGCUGGGACUCGCCCAAGUAUUGCUGGACCUUGGCCAAGGUUCUUGAAUUGCACCUCAAGGGCGAGCGCGUCCUCGUCUAUGUCAACAACCCUCUCACAUCUGCUAUGAUUCUCGCUAUGCUUGAGGCUCUGGGUGUCCGAACCUUAUCGAUCCAGAGUAAGCAUUCUCAGGGCGAGCGGGACAGUGCGGUGAAGAAGUUUAACUCUGCAACUAUGCCCAUUAGCGCCCUUGUCACAUCCCUUCAGCUAUCAAGUUUCGGUGUGAACUUUCACUUGGCCUGCCACCAUGGCAUUAUCGUCGAACGCCCGCAUAAUCUUGGUACUCAGAUCCAGGCUAUUGGUCGACUUUGGCGGACAAACCAGGAAAAAGAAGUUCACUGGUGGGUCCUCCAUCAACGGGACUCUUACGAUGCUUUUGUGGAUGCCCGGAACCUGGAGAAGUAUGCCACGACACUGGCCGCAGAGGGGAACAUUGAUGAUUCUAUCACAGACGAGUACCGCGUAAUAUGCGCGUAUGAGAUCCUGCGGUGCUACCUGGGCCAGGAGAGCAACCGGUACCCCCGCCUCCGUGUUGCUUGGUUCGAAAUGGACAGCGAGAAGGUCAGGCUCGAGGGGUUCUUCUACACGGCAAUUGCUCGUUUCCUCUUUCGGAACCCAGAUAGGCAAGACCGAAUAACCCCAGAAACAAUUGGGGACAUUGCUGCCAGGUGGGAACUGGGUAGCGAAAUCACAAUUGCCCAUGUCGAGCCCGGGCACCCAGACUGUCCUCCAACCAUUGACCCUGACAAUCCGGGACGCAUCACCCUCUCCAGUGCGAGGGAACAGGAGAAGGCCUUGAGAGAAAAUAUAGCUAUGUAUGGGAGCGAGAAUCCUAACAACGAUGUCUUUCACCCAAAAGAGGGCUAA